UAUCUGUUACAGUUAGGACUAUGCGUUUCAUAACUUAUUCUAGAGAAUAUAAUCUAAUUUCUACUGCAUGCCAAUUAAUGUAGUCACUUUACUUUAAACUUCUCAUUACGCAAUUACUUGUCCCGUCUAGAUUUGGGAUAAAAAUUAAUAAUAUUGUUAUUUGUUACAAAUUCGGGCGUCGACCGGUUCAUCCCUCCCCGUCAACCGUUCAUGCCGUCGCCGUCACUCGUGUCAUUUGCAGACGGCACUGGCAGUCGUCAUUUUAUACGUGUCGUGCUUUUGAGAUACACGACUUACGAGUAACGACCGCGGGUUUCUCCAACGUGUUGUGUGUAGUGCCGGUCUUUGCGACCGUUUAAUGUGGUAUCUAGUGUCGGUGUUACAUUAUCGUAAGGGUCGCGCGGCGUGAUUCGGCGCGAUGGUGGAUAUGGACAGAAACGACCCGGAGCUCCGGUAUCUAUCGGUAGAUCGGAACAGCUUCAAUGACCCGGCAACGCAGGCGGAGUGGACGCAGAAGCGAUUGGUGUGGGUGCCUCAUGAGACCCAAGGUUUUGUCGCCGCCGGGAUCAAAGGCGAGCGAGGAGAUGAGGUGGAAGUGGAGAUUGCCGAAUCCGGAAAGCGGAUUCUGGUGCCCAUCGAUGAUAUCCAGAAGAUGAACCCGCCCAAGUUCGAUAAGGUGGAGGAUAUGGCGGAGCUGACCUGUCUGAACGAGGCUUCCGUGCUCCAUAACAUCAAGGACAGAUACUACUCCGGGCUAAUUUAUACAUAUUCGGGGCUCUUCUGCGUGGUGGUGAACCCGUACAAGAAGCUGCCGAUCUACACGGAGAAGAUCAUGGAGAGAUACAAGGGCAUCAAGAGACACGAGGUGCCGCCACACGUGUUCGCCAUCACAGACACCGCCUACCGCUCCAUGCUGCAAGAUCGCGAGGAUCAGUCAAUUCUGUGCACAGGAGAGUCAGGUGCCGGUAAGACCGAGAACACUAAGAAAGUGAUACAGUACCUCGCCUACGUGGCGGCCUCCAAACCAAAGGGAUCGGGAGCGGGCCCAACGCCGCAACUGAUCAUAGGUGAAUUAGAACAACAGUUGUUGCAAGCAAAUCCAAUUCUUGAAGCAUUUGGAAAUGCAAAGACAGUUAAAAAUGAUAACUCCUCACGUUUCGGAAAAUUUAUUAGAAUAAACUUUGACGCGUCAGGUUAUAUUGCUGGUGCAAAUAUAGAGACAUAUUUACUAGAAAAAUCAAGAGCAAUUAGACAAGCGAAGGAUGAACGAACCUUCCACAUUUUCUAUCAACUUCUUGCUGGAGCCACUCCAGAGCAAAGGGCGGAAUACAUAAUCGAAGACCCAAAGAGUUAUCCCUUCCUGACAAAUGGCAACCUGCCCGUACCAGGAAUCGAUGAUAACGUGGAGUUCCAAGCGACGAUCAAGUCGAUGAACAUUAUGGGCAUGAACCAGGAGGAUUUCAACUCCAUAUUCCGGAUAGCCUCAUCGGUCAUGUUGUUUGGUUCGAUGCAGUUUAAACAGGAGAGGAAUUCAGACCAGGCGACACUCCCCGAUAACACAGUCGCGCAGAAGAUUGCGCAUUUACUUGGUCUUUCUGUAACCGAUAUGACUAAAGCAUUCCUAAAACCGAGAAUAAAAGUGGGUCGUGACUUCGUAACAAAAGCGCAAACGAAAGAACAAGUAGAAUUCUCAGUAGAAGCAAUCAGUAAGGCGUGCUACGAACGACUCUUCAGAUGGCUAGUUAAUAGAAUUAAUAGGUCACUCGACAGAACAAAGCGACAGGGUGCAUCAUUCAUUGGUAUACUCGAUAUGGCUGGUUUUGAAAUAUUUGAAUUGAACUCAUUUGAACAACUAUGUAUUAACUACACAAACGAAAAGUUACAGCAACUCUUUAACCACACCAUGUUUAUAUUGGAGCAGGAAGAGUAUCAGAGGGAGGGAAUCGAAUGGAAAUUUAUUGACUUUGGUCUUGAUUUACAACCAACCAUAGACCUCAUUGACAAACCCAUGGGUAUCAUGGCCUUAUUGGACGAAGAGUGUUGGUUCCCGAAGGCGACUGAUAAAACAUUUGUGGAAAAAUUGGUAUCCGCCCAUUCGGUGCACCCCAAAUUCAUGAAGACCGAUUUCCGAGGUGUUGCUGACUUUGCUAUCAUCCAUUACGCGGGUAAAGUUGACUACUCAGCGUCACAGUGGUUGAUGAAGAACAUGGACCCUUUGAACGAAAAUGUUGUAUCCCUUCUACAGUCCUCGCAGGAUCCUUUCGUUUGUCACAUAUGGAAGGACGCGGAGAUUGUCGGUAUGGCACAACAGGCGAUGACGGACACUCAAUUUGGUGCUAGAACAAGAAAGGGCAUGUUUAGAACUGUCUCGCAACUGUACAAGGAACAGCUUACAAAAUUGAUGGCAACAUUGCGAAACACAAACCCCAACUUCGUCAGAUGUAUUAUUCCGAACCAUGAGAAGAAAGCAGGUAAGAUCGAGGCCCCCUUAGUUCUGGACCAACUACGGUGCAAUGGUGUGCUCGAGGGAAUAAGAAUUUGCAGACAGGGCUUCCCCAACAGAAUACCAUUUCAAGAAUUUAGACAGAGAUAUGAAUUGCUCACUCCGAAUAUUAUACCGAAAGGCUUUAUGGAUGGUAAGAAAGCUUGCGAACGAAUGAUUGAAGCUCUUGAGUUAGACCAUAAUCUGUAUAGAGUCGGUCAAUCUAAGAUAUUCUUCCGAGCUGGGGUCUUGGCUCAUCUUGAAGAAGAGAGAGAUUACAAGAUCACAGACUUGAUAGUAAACUUCCAAGCAUUCUGCAGAGGCUACCUAGCUAGGAGGAAUUACCAAAAGAGACUGCAGCAGCUGAACGCUAUUCGCAUUAUCCAGAGAAAUUGUGCUGCAUACCUCAAGUUGCGGAACUGGCAAUGGUGGAGGUUGUAUAUUAAGGUGAAACCUCUUCUUGAAGUGACAAAACAAGAGGAGAAGUUAACGCAGAAGGAGGACGAGCUGCGCCAUAUACGCGAAAAACUAGAGACUCAACUCAAGCGCUGCUCAGAGUAUGAAGCGAUGUACCAGAUGGUCAACGCCGAGAAGACACAGCUCAGUGAGCAGUUGCAGGCAGAGAUUGAACUUUGCGCGGAGGCGGAGGAGUCUCGGGCUCGCGCCGCCUCACGAAAGCAGGAGCUGGAGGAACUGCUGCAUGAUCUGGAAGGCAGGAUCGAGGAGGAGGAGGAGCGCUCCAACCAGUUGCAGCAGGAGAAGAAGAGGCUGCAGCUCCACUUACAGGACCUGGAGGAGCAACUCGAGGAGGAGGAGGGGGCUCGACAGAAGCUGCAGUUGGAGCGUGUGCAGUGCGACGCCAAAAUCAAGAAGCUGGAGGAAGUCUUGGCACUCACCGACGACACCAACCAGAAACUCAGCAAGGAGAAGAAGUUGUUGGAGGAGCGCGCUAACGAUCUGUCGCAAGCUCUCGCGGAGGAAGAGGAGAAGGCAAAACACUUGGGCAAGCUGAAGAGCAAGCAGGAGUCCGCCAUUGCCGAACUUGAGGAGAAAUUGCUCAAGGACCACCAGCAGAGGCAGGAGGUGGAGCGAGCCAAGCGGAAGAUCGAGACGGAGCUGCAGGACGCGCGCGAGCAGCUGGCGGAGAAGAAGGCGCAGAUAGAGGAGCUACACGUCGUGCUAGCCAAACGCGAGGAGGAGCUGGCGGCCGCCAUCAGCCGCGCCGACGAGGAGGGCGCGCUGCGGGCGCUGGCGCAGAAGGCGGCGCGCGAGGCCGAGGCGGCGCUGGCCGAGGCCGGCGACGACCUGGACGCCGAGCGGGCCGCGCGCACCAAGGCCGAGAAGUUGCGUCGCGACCUCAACGAGGAGCUGGAGGCGCUCAAGAGCGAGCUGCUGGACUCGCUCGACACCACCGCCGCUCAGCAGGAGUUGCGGUCGAAGCGGGAGCAGGAGGUGGCCGUGCUGAAGCGCAGCCUGGAGGAGGAGUCGGUGUCGCACGAGGCCACCAUCGCCGAGCAGCGGCACAAGCACUCGCAGGAGCUGCAGCUGAUCAACGAGCAACACGAGCAGCUCAAGAAGAGCAAAGCCGCGCUGGAGAAGGCGAAGCAGACGCUGGAGGCGGAGAACGCGGACCUGGCCACGGAGCUGAAGAGUGCGAGUGCGGCGCGCGCCGACGGCGAGCGGCGCCGCAAGCAGCUGGAGGCGCAGCUGCAGGACACCAGCGUCAAGCUGCAGGAGGUGGAGCGGGCCAGGGUGGAAGUGUCGGAGAAGUGCGUCCGGCUGCAGAGCGAGGCGGAGCAGGCCAUGCAGCAACUGGAGCAGGCCGAGCUGAAGGCGUCCGCCGCUGCCAAGCUGGCCGCCACUGCCACCGCGCACCACGCCGAGGCACAGGCUCUUCUAGAAGAAGAAACGAAACAGAAGUUGGCUCUGCAGACUAAGCUGAGGAAUGUUGAGCAACAACUAGAGCAGGCUAGAGACUCGCUGGAAGAAGAGGAGGAGGCCAAGAGGAACUUAGAGAAACAGGUGGUUCUGAUGACGCAGCAAGUGGCGGAGGCGAAGAAGAAGGCGGAAGAGGAAGCGGAGGCGGUGGCGGCGCUCGACGAGCAGCGCAAGAAGCUCGCCAAGGACAUCGAGUCACUGCACAGACACAUUGACGAGCUGCGGCAGGCGAACGACAAGCUCGACAAGAGUAAAAAGAAGAUUCAAGCUGAGCUAGAAGAUACAAAUAUUGAACUUGAGACACAGCGUGCUAAAGUGAUGGAGCUAGAGAAGAAACAAAAGAGUUUUGACAAGGUUGUUGCUGAAGAACGGGCAGUGGCCGAACGAAAUGCGGCUGAGAGAGAUGCUGCAGAGAGAGACGCGAGGGAUAAGGAGAGUCGCGUCUUGAGUCUCACUCGCGAACUAGAUGAGGCGGCUGAGAAGAUCGAGGAGCUGGAGCGCUCCAAGCGCGUACUGCAGUCGGAGUUGGACGAGCUGGCCAAUACGCAGGGCACGGCCGACAAGAACGUGCACGAGCUGGAGAAGGCCAAGCGGGCGCUCGAGUCGCAGCUGGCCGAGCUGAAGGCGCAGAACGAGGAGAUCGAGGACGACCUGCAGCUCACUGAGGACGCCAAGCUGCGGCUCGAAGUGAACAUGCAGGCCAUGCGCGCGCAGUUCGAGCGGGACCUGCAGGCUAAAGAAGAGCAGGGCGAGGAGAAACGUCGCGGUAUCGUGAAGCAACUGCGGGACCUGGAGGCGGAGCUGGAGGAAGAACGUAAGCAGCGCGCCGCCGGCCUCACGCUGAGGAAGAAGUUGGAGGCGGACCUGAAGGACGCCGAGCAAGCCUUGCAUCUAGCCAACAAGGUGAAAGAAGAUGCAGUGAAGCAAGCGAAGAAACUGGGCGCCCAGCUGAAGGAGGCGCUGCGGGAGGCCGAGGAGGCGCGCGCCGGGCGCGAGGAGAGCGCCAGCGCGGCGCGGGACGCCGAGCGCCGCGUCAAGGCGCUGGAGGCCGAGGCGCUGCAGCACGCCGAGGAGCUGGCGGCCGGCGAGCGCGCGCGGAGACACGCCGAGUGCGAGCGGGACGACCGCGACGACGAGCUCACCGCGGCUGCUGCCAAGGUUACACUGCUAGUUGACGAGAAGAAACGUCUAGAGGCGAGAAUAGCCGCGCUUGAGGAAGAUCUCGACGAGGAACAAUCCAACAACGAAAUACUCAACGACAGGCUCAGAAAAUCACAGAACCAAAUAGAACAACUGACAAUAGAGCUGAGCACCGAGAAGAGUACGACACAGAAACUGGAGACCAGCAAGUUGGUGCUGGAGCGACAGAACAAGGAGCUGAAGGGCAAACUGGCCGAGUUGGAGACUGCCGGACGCGCCAAGACUAAGGGUGUGAUCACGUCGCUGGAGCUGAAGGUGUCGAACCUGGAGGAGCAGCUGGAGGCAGAGAGCCGCGAGCGUCUGGCGCAGCAGAAGGCGUCGCGGAAGCUGGACAAAAAGAUGAAGGAGCUGGCGCUGCAGCUGGACGAGGAGAGGAGGCACGCCGACCAGUACAAGGAGCAGAUCGAAAAGAUGAACAACCGCGUGAAGGCGUUGAAGCGUCAGCUGGACGAGUCGGAGGAGGAGGUGCAGCGCGAGAAGGUGGGCAAGCGGAAGGCGCAGCGCGAGCUCGAGGACCUGCUGGAGACACACGAGAGUCUGGCGCGGGAGUGCACCAACAUGCGGAACAAGCUGCGGCGGCAGGGCGGCCCCAUGGGGCUGUCGGGCGCCUCGUCGUGUUCGUCGCGAGUGAAGCGAUCGUCGCUGGCGCCCGGCCACGCCUCCGGAGACGAGUCCUUGGACGACGUCAACGACACCGCCAACUCGCUCGAGUGACGACUACUGACAUUAAUAUAAUAAUAACCAUUAUUACCAACUACCUACGUGCUCUGUUUCAAAUAUAAAUACUGCAAAUUUACAACUACCGACAAUUAUUGCUUUGUUGAAGGUAUGACAUGGUCAUGAGUGAAUUUGGCUAAUUAAGUUUCUUUUGUCUAUUGAAAACAUAUUCCAUAGACAAAAUAAUUGUUAUUGUUAAUUGUUUUUAAUUUUCCACUGUGUAUUGACGAUACUUAAGAACUCAGCAUGCAGAUUGUAAACGCUAUUCCAAAAUUAUGUGGCGGAAUCAUUGCCAUCUAAAAAAUUGUAAAAAAUCUCACCCAUUUUAACUUAAUUUAAAAAGAACUUGAAAGUAUGUAGUUCGCUAGAUCAGAGGAAGUUGGCUACUGUGAAAUAUUAUGUAAUUAUGGUUAUUAUUGCACGUCAGAUUAAUGUAAGUUAUAUCGUCUAAGUAUCUACUAUUGGUAUUGCCAUCUCUAUAUAAUGUGUCACCGCUGAUCGCAUAGGCGUGUUGCUAUGGAUACCACCUAUAUAUUGUAAAAUUAAUUCAAGGUCUUAUAAUAUGGCACUACCCAUGUUCAAUAGACAGAAACGCUCACAAGGCAGUCGAUAAAUUAAUAUUUACAGCGAAUUUUUUUUUAUAACUAAUAAGAAUAUUAUAAAUAUUAUAAUAUUCAUAAAGCAAUAGCAAUUGUAUAUACAUAAUUAGGUUAUAAUAUUAUUUGUAACGAAAAUUAUUAUAAUGAAAUUUUUUAUGCUCAUGAAAUGUAUUUGACAUCGUCCACUGGUGCUCAAUUUUGAAGGUUUUAUAAUAGACACAAGCCGAUUUACAACAUGACAAUCAGUGUUGCCAUAUUUUGGUAGAAUUAUUUUCAGGUGAUUGGACUAGCCCAAGCCAGUAUUAAAAAUGAGACAUUCCCUAAAGUAUCAAGUUGGCUCGAGUGGUGUAAACUGCCCGGGCCCUAUUGGUUGAUGUGUGAUAUAAAGUGUAAUCAUAGUUAUUUCGAGAAGUAUUAAUUACGACAAAAGUAGUUUUUCGGAGCGCCCAUCCGUUGCGCUUACAAGACUGGUGUUGCGACAAUAUUUUUUUAUCUAAAAUCUUUCAAACCACCCGAAGUUUCCUCGUUUGCUAUUGAUGGUAAAGCGAAGGUUUAAUCAAAGCGACUGCUUUUCAUGUAAAUAAAUAUCAGUGGUAUUCACUGAGCGCUUAGUUGCCAUAAAAAUAGCCUAGUUGUAAGGAGCCGAUAUUUAGACGCGCUCACGCUCGGCGUUGUUUUUGUACUUACUAGAUGUUAACUCUGCGUCUUUUUUAGACCACGGCCAAGUCUACAGUGUAUCGUCUGUGGCCGAUUUAAAAAAAAACAAACAACAGAAGUUUCUUUCAACUGUAUGACAGUUGAAAGUAGUUAUUCUUUCCAAAAUCUGUCUAUUCAAAUACUGCUGAGUCUAUUUGAAAAAUAAAUGGCCUUUGUGUUCACAUGAACAUAGUUAUCUUGGCUGAUGGCUCUGAACUAUUAUCGUUUGGCAAAUAUUAUUGUUAUCGCGAUGUAAAUAAUUUUUCGCGGUUAUUGUCGCGCCCUCUAAUAACCCGUGACGCUUGAUCGAUGAUUCCCCAACGAAGCGAUUAUUGUUUUCUUUAGAUUGUCCCGCGCAUUUAUGACACGUCAUUGGGGAUUUAUAUGUUUUGUGUCGUAAAAUGCUUGUCACGCGGUCACAGAUUGCGGUUGCUGCAUGCGCUAGGACACGCGGGCGAUGUACACUUACUUAUGUAAGAUAUGGCUUACGUGGGCUUAGGUUCUCGAUGUGGACGCCACUAGACCGUCACAGACGGACAAGACCACUAUUUUAUAUUUGUAACUCUUUGUAUUGCAUUUUAUGCGUUAUUUAAACAGUCUUUAAUUUUAAUGGCCUCCCCUUUUUUAUAAUAUUUUUUCUGAAUUAUAUAAAAAAUUAAAUGUAAGUAAACCAUUGAAGCAUAAAAUUAUUAUACAUAGGUAUAUAUAAUAUUUAAUUAUUAACGAUAUUGAUAAUUGUAAAAUUGGCUCUAGGUUGUAACAAGUUAUCGGUUGGUAUGCCAAUUAAACAAUUUUUCAUGAUUUUUAAAA